AUGUUGAACAUACUGGAGAGCUUCGACAACGUCUACCUGGACCUCUCGAAGCAGCCGGGGAAAUGCAAGCUAGCGGAGAGCGGCCUGGGCUGGCGCCCCUCCGGUGGCGGCGACACCUUCACACUCGACAGCAGUAACAUUGGCAACGCCCAAUGGAGUCGCGCCGCGAAAGGAUUCGAACUGAAGAUCCUGUCACGAACUUCCGGAGUGAUUCAGCUGGAUGGUUUUGAUCAAGAGGACUUUGAGCGACUGAGCAAAGCCUUCAAAAUUUGGUAUGGCAUCAAUGUCGAGAACCGCGAACACGCCCUGCGUGGCUGGAACUGGGGCAAGGCAGAGUUCACCAAGGCCGAGCUGUCCUUCAGUGUCCAAAACCGACCCGCUUUCGAAGUACCCUACUCCGAGAUCUCAAACACCAACUUGGCGGGCAAGAAUGAAGUGGCUGUGGAGUUUGCGCUUGCCGCAACUGAUGCGAACGGCGCGAACGGACAGCCGGCUGGGAGCACACAGAAUCGCGGCCGAAAGGCGGCUGCGGGCCCCGACGAGCUGGUGGAGAUGCGCUUUUACAUUCCUGGCACGGCCGUGAAGAAGGAGAAGGCGGAAGGUGCAGAGGGCGAGGAGGAAGAGAACGAAGAAGAGGUGGAGGAGCAGAAUGCGGCGAACCUUUUCUACGAGACCCUGAUGGACAAGGCGGAGAUUGGAGAUGUGGCUGGCGAUACGUUCGCUACCUUCUUGGACGUUCUCCACCUUACCCCGAGAGGUCGUUUCGAUAUCGAUAUGUACGAGUCGUCCUUCCGUCUCCGUGGCAAAACAUACGACUACAAAAUUCAGUACUCUGCCAUUAAAAAGUUCUUCCUGCUUCCAAAGAAUGACGAUACCCACACCCUCAUUGUUCUCGGUCUCGACCCCCCUUUGCGACAGGGUCAGACUAGAUAUCCGUUCCUGGUUAUGCAGUUGAAGUUGGAUGAGGAGAUCAGCCUGGAGCUGAACAUGACAGAGGAGCUUUUGCAAAACCAGUACAAGGACAAGCUGCAAUCACACUAUGAAGAGCCCAUCCACCAGGUUGUGACUAAGAUCUUCCGUGGGCUGUCUGGUAAGAAGGUCAUCAUGCCGUCCAAGGACUUUGUCAGCCACCAUGGUCACCACGGCGUGAAGUGCUCCAUCAAGGCCAACGAGGGUCUUCUCUACUUCCUGGACAAGAGCCUUAUCUUCGUCCCUAAGCCUGCCACCUACAUUCAACUCGACAAUGUUGCGGUGGUUACCAUGUCCCGUGUCGGCGGCGCUGUCUCGGCCAGCCGGACGUUCGAUAUUACUGUCAGUCUGAAGGGUGGUCUCGGCGAGCACCAGUUCAGCAACAUCAACCGGGAGGAGCAACAACCGCUGGAAGACUUCUUCAAGGCCAAGGGUAUUCGCAUUAAGAAUGAGAUGUCCGACGAUACUUCGACUCUUCUGAAGGCGGCUCUUGAUAACGAGGAUCUGAUGGAGUCGAGCGACGACGAGGGUGUACGGGCCGACCGCGGCUCCGCGGAUGAGGACGAAGAGUCGGUCGACGAGGACUUCAACGCCUCCUCUGACUCGGACGUGGCCGAGGAGUAUGACUCGGCGCACGAGAGUAGCGGUGACAGUGACGAGGAGAUGGGCGAUGCAGAUGCAGGCGACGACGCGGAUGCCGGUUCGGACAACGAUGACGAGUCCCGACCGAAGAAGAAGAACAAAACCGGAUAA